ACAGUAUCAACUUUUUUUCAAAGAUGCCAAAUAAGGGUAGAGUGAUGUCACGUGAUUCAAGAUGGCGGCGCCCAGCGAAAAGUUUUCGGUUUGCUGAACGCCCAACGUCAAAACCGAUGUACUUUGAACACAAGACCACUGCACCUGAAAUUGGUUCAAAGUCAAAAUGGUUUAUACCCAGGAAAUAGCCGUACUCCACUCAGCAUUCGUUCUAGCUGAGCAGCAAAGUCCGACCCCUCUUCAUGACCUUGACAGACCCAGCGCCAAGGUCACGGCUUCACAACUCCUGUCAGCCUGUGAAGAAAUCGUGAGCGGACUCGAAACCAACCACAAGCAGUUCCAACAAGAGCACUGGAGUUACAAGUUAACUGCAAUCCUGCUGGAGAAGGUCUUGGAUGGACAGCAAGCCAAACAAGGCAGCUAUUUGUACCCCAUUUGUUCCAUCUUACCGAGAAUUUCUAAAGCUUUGUUUUUCGAACUCCUCAAAGCUCUGAAGUGGGGGAAGUGGCUUUCACAGUGUCUGAUGCAAAUACCAACUUUAGUGGCCACCUCUCUCCUAAAGGACCUAUCUACACAUGUACAGCUGGGUCCUGAUGACUCAGACUCAUCUCUUCUGGCAUCCAUCUGUCAAUCAUUGUUAACACCAUCAAUUCUAGACCAAUCACCAUCCACCCAGCAAGGUGUCCACCAAUCAGAAGAGACCAUUUCACCUGAGAGGGAGCAAACAGAAGCAGUGUUGAUUACAACAUUAUUCCAAGAACUACACAGUCUCAUACCCUUAUUUGGUAAAGAAGAACAGAGGCUGAAACUUGUUUCAUCAUGCCUCCUGUAUGUAUGUAAAAAACUGAAGAAAAAGAAACCCACAGAACUUAGUAUUUGCAAUGGGAACAUUACACGACAAAUACCCUCCAAGUGUGAACAACUGAGAAAGACUCUUCCCACAGAUAUGCAGUUUCUAACCGAUAGAAAGAAUCUAAAAAAGUUGGCCACAAGAAUAGACAAGAUGCAAGCAAAAGACUUGCAAACAGAUUGCGCUAAAGAUAUUGAUGGAGUAACCAAUACAGGAUCCUGUGUGCCAUUGUUGGUAGAGUUUUUGCACAAAGUUUUAACCAAGCAUCACUGGCUGGACAAUCUGGACUUAGGCAUCGCUGAUUCAGAGCUUGCACAAGUGGCCAUCAUGCAAUCAACGGUCGAUUGUUUGCUUUCUAUUUGCGAACGAGACACCAAGGACUCAAGAACAACAGGACUGUACACCUUUGUUAGAGAGGUAUGUGCCGUGCUGCAACUAUGUGCUGGGAGGUGGAAGAAAAGCAUGCCCUUGGACACUACCUUGGAAACAGUUGCCACGGCAAUAAGGGAUGAAAAGGGUGGAAUCCAAAUCCAAACUGCUGUUCAGAAAAUGAAUGAGAAGCUGGAUGGAUACGAAGACUGCCUUGACUGGAUGCUGAACAACAGUGAGGAGUUAUACAAGGAUCCAAGGUGGAUAGAGGCCUUGGAGAGAAACGUAGACAUCUUGGGAACUUCCAGGAUUGUUCUAUCCAUAGCAGAAAUCAUCCAUACAUUGAGAGUAAAACAUCCACAAGAUGCAGUGGUGCCAGAGGUUCUAAGGAGACUCAGAAAGGUGCUGACAGCUGCAUACACCCAGCUGCCCUUGAGGUCCCAGGAUGCAGUUCUGCGGCAGGUGCUGACGGCGUACAGACCAGGUCUGCUGUGCUCCGGACCGUUCCAGGAAGGGAUAGACGAUGACGUCAUCACGGCGUUCAACAGGAUGGUACUGUCAGGGGAGGGUCAGGAUGGGGUGGAGGUAUUCAGCACCAUGUGUGGAGUGGCCCUACAGGCACCCCUGCUGUUGCUGUUGCAGGUGUUGCCUGCCUUGUGCACCUGGCGACCAGACCCAGACUCCUCUACCCUACUCUGUACCACCCUGCACGAUGCCGCAGGUGACCUCCAUCCCAACACUCGAGAAGAAAACAACUUUGUCAACUUUGUGGAGAACCUGCUUCGGCCGUACAAGCCGCCGUUUGAUUUGACUUGCCCGUUCCUCUACACACCGCUCCUGUCGGCACCAGACUUCGCGCCCCUCGCAGUAUUCCCGUACAUCUACCAACACUACGGUCAGGAGCAACAUGUUCCCCCCACAACUGCACUGAAGCUACUACAAGUUGUCUUACAGGACCAAGGCAGCGACAACCACUGGCUGCAGCCCCAGCAGGUGUUUCCCAUCAUCCUUUGCCUGUGCCAGUUGCUGGAUGACACCAGUGCAUUGUGGGAGGAAGUUGACGGUGAUGAGUCCAUCAGCAGGACAGCACAGAUCAGGACUCUGACUCUGACAGCGCUGAAGAAAAUACAGCACAUCUUGCUUGAGCUGUUGUCAUCUGAAUCAUCAAAGUAUGAAAAGCUGAUAGCCUGGUUACACAAAAAGCUACAGUUGCUAGAUUGGACAUGCAGGCUCCAUGUGUUCCCAUUGCUACAGCUGGGGUUGCCACAGCUGAAAAAGGAAGCACCAGACGUUAUGUUUACUAUCUGCAACCUUCCCAAAACAGACUGGCUUCCAUUGUCAGACACUCUGUAUGCUCCAGGUACAGGACUGGUGGCCAUGUUGGAGUGUUGUCGCAUAUCUGCAGAGAUGGCUCAGCUCAUGACCGAGACUGUGACUGUUGAUGUUGAAGAUGCCUCCCAACUUGUGCUGUUCCAGAAAGGUUUGACCGUGGCUCUUACCCAGGUCCUCCCCCAGUGUGUGUGGCAGGAGUGGUGCCAUGUCAUACAGGCACUACAGCAGCUCAUCAGGGACGGACUGGUGGUCCUUCCUGGUCAGCAGGGGAAACACUUCCAGGGCUUAGAAGAUGCUCUACAAGUGGAACUCAGCACCUCCCAGCAACUGUCAGAGGUACUGCAGCUGAUGGCCAGUCCCUGGACUGAGACAUGGGUGACUCCAAGUGUCUGGGUACAUGUGGUCAAGAACUAUGUAGCCACUAUUCAGGAACUGCAGCAGUCAGUUAUCCAAUCAGACAGCCCACCUGAGGCACAGCUGCCCUUGAUUGGCCAGCUCUUCUGCCACUGCUGUUCAGUCAUAACUGUUGCACCUGGUGAGGUCUGUCAGCAGCUUUUUGUAUUGGCCCUGGACAUGCUGACAAUGUGUCAAUCACUUUCCACAUCAGCCAAUGAGGAGGUGGCACUGAGAGAGAAGGAGGUGCUCAGAGAAGAGAUAGCUGGGUUGGAGCUCUAUGGAGGACUCAAGAGGACACUGCAACUGAAACUUGAUGGAAUUGGACAGAUAUAAAUGUCAUUUGGCAUAGGAAGAUUUAUUUAUUUGUUUAUUUGAACUUUUGUUUAUGCAUGAGAAGCUCAAAGUCACAGCUUUUCAUUGAGGUCAUGAGGGAAGAGGGAAGGGUCAAAACAGAUUAUAUC